GACAGAGCCUGUCGUCUUUGAAUUUGGUACUUUAUGGAACUGGUAUGCAUUCGUUGAAAUUCUCAAACUGGGUUUCUCUUAUCUUGCUAGGUCUUGCUAUUCUGCUGUUUAACAGAUACCCAUAUUCUCCUUCUCCUCAAAACAUGGCUGCGGAUUCUCCUCAAUCCAUAUAUGACUUCAUUGUCAAGGAUAUUCGUGGAAAUGAUGUAAGUCUGAGUCAAUACAGGGGGAAGGUUCUUCUGAUUGUGAAUGUUGCUUCACAGUGUGGUUUAACGCAAACUAACUACAAGGAGUUGAAUGUUGUGUAUGAAAAGUACAAAAACCAAGACUUCGAGAUCUUGGCAUUUCCUUGCAAUCAGUUUGGAGGACAAGAACCAGGAAACAAUGAUGAGAUUGAAAAAGUGGUAUGCACGAGGUUCAAAGCUGAAUUCCCUAUAUUUGACAAGGUUGAUGUGAAUGGGAAAAACGUGGCACCCCUUUACAAGUUUCUAAAAUCAGAGAAGGGAGGAUUUCUUGGAGAUGCAAUCAAAUGGAAUUUCACAAAGUUCCUAGUGAACAAGGAAGGGAAGGUUGUGGAGCGAUAUGCACCUACUACAUCUCCUCUUAAAAUUGAGAAAGACAUACAAAAUCUUGUGGGAUCUUCAUGAGGACCUGAAAUUAUGUCUCUUGAAGUUUCAUGGAGCAUGAAGAAUAUUACUGUUCUUCACAUUUCAAUUAAAGUCAUGAUUUACUGUCCGGAUGCGCCACUUGAUUAAACAUUAAAAACAACACCCGUGUACAAUGCUCUUGCAGUUGCUGGAUGGAGAUGUUAUAAUUUCCUUAUUUA